AUGCCAAGAAAGGUUGAAACGGGCGAAAAACAAGUGGCUAACGAAUCGCCACUUUUACCUCUGUGCAUAACAUCCUGCAAAUCGAAAUAUGAGGCUGGAAAACUGAUAAAUCGUUUCUAUCUACAAGGAAACUACUAUUUAUGCUUCUGUUAUGGAUUGUAUACUGGGGUAUUUAAUAAAUUGACCGCGAAAGUUGAGUUCGCUUUAGAUGGACCUUUUAUUGUCAACUACACAAUUAUACCAAAAUUCAAGUCCUUUUCACUGACAGACGCAGUUUCCUUCUGUCAUCUACUUAUGUUCAACGACGGUUCCAUCAAAGGUUUUGAAUUCAAAAACAACAAAUUCGAGAUCAUUUUCAAUUCUAAUAUGACACCGAAACUGGAUACCAUUUCUUCAUUAGCUUCAAGCUGGUUGAAUGCUUCUCUGGAUGGUAUUUUAUACACCUGCAAUAACAACAUAUUAUAUGAUAGUAGUUUGCACACGUUUGGUGCAAAUAUUUACUCCUUUGAUUUCAGAAACAGGUCAAUUGAAACAUUUUAUGCUGCCGAUGGUCAAGUAAUUAUUUCCUUUGGUUUCGUCAGCAGAGAGAAUUUGACCGGUGAUAUUACAUACACAGACAAGUCAGAUGUUUAUCUCGUUUGUUUACUCAAAAGCGAGUACAGUGAUAACCUGCUUUUAGAGGAAUAUCAUCGUGUUGAAGGUCAUGAAAAUGAAAACACUGGUUUUAGUGGGUACCGCAAAUGCAAUCUUUUACGAACAUCAGAUAAUGAAUUUUGCCACAUGAAAAUAAUUUGUGGCGAUACCAUCAUAGUGUUGACCAAUACUUAUACUCAGAUAGUAAAGCUAGAGGAAGGGGGACUGGAGAUGGCGGCUUUCUUUGAAAAUAAAGGUCUUCCAAGAGAAGACAAUUACCGAUUUUUAAAAGACUCUUAUAAUAUCAUAUAUGAAAAAUCAAACAUUCUCCUAACGAUUUUUGACGUAUAUGGCAACAAGUAUACUGCUAAAAUACAUACAAGGUUAUUAAAAGAAAGGCAUGUCCAGAAAGAUCUGCAAUGGUCAAAAAAAAGAGUAUUCAGGCUUCCUAAACACGAUCUGUGUGAUACAGUUUUGCAGCUUCCAGGUGAAAGAUAUAUAGUGCUCACAAGAAUAAAUGGAAUACAUUUUAUAUCAAACGAUUGUCAAGGUUCUAAAGUAAGUAAGGUAAAGGGAGGUCCAGUUUAUACGAACAAAAUUUACCUUGCAUCACAAGUUAUUAGGAACAAGGGCACAGAUAUAGACUCAUUGCUUUUGGGCGGAAGUUUUAAUUCGAAAAGAGGAUUUUUAGAGAAGAAAUUUUUGGUAUACGACAAAGAUCUUUUGAAGCCAACUACUUCCAUCAAGGUACCACUAGAGAAUGUAACUGAUUUCUGGAUUACAGAUUUAAUGGUUGGUAAUAGUGACGACUUUACAUAUGAAUCAGGAGGAUCAAUUUAUAGAAAUAGAACAUUGUUGACAAGUGAAUUUUAUGAUGACGGUAUACUUGUUACCAGGACGGGAAAAAUUCUGAAAGACGGGGCUGACGAUUCUACCGGAGAAAUCAGACAGAUUUAUGUGUCACAAUCGGAUUUCAACUCUUCUAUUAUGCUCUGCUAUCCUAUAAAGAACUCUAGGGUGAGAAUUUCAACACUUGAGCCAAAAUCUAAUUCUUUACGUAAACUAAAGGAUGUCUUUAUUAAAGAACUUGAUUCUAAGGGAAGUAUCAUUACCUGUUGCUCAGAUGGUAUCAAAAAAAUCCAUUUUGCCGUAUACUCAGAAGGAAGGAUUUCUGUAUGGGAUACAAGCCCAAAUGAAAUGGCUACAUCUCAUAUAGACCAUUCUUUUAUAGCCUAUGAUCUAUUGAUAAAGGAAUAUUGGUUUAGUAAGUAUCAUGACGACGACUCAGUAUACGUUAUCGCCUCAUCAUAUAUUGGUUGUGUGAGAGUUUACAAAUCAGAGUCAAAUUUUUUGAAAGUGGUAUUGGAGAUUCAUUCGUCAAACAAUCAGAAAUUGGAAAUCCUAGAUACAAUUCCUGGCUUGCCUUUUGUUUUUCUAUAUAAUGAAAAAGAAACCAUUUUGUUAAAUCUGCAUAACAUAUCCUAUGGUAACAUAAAGCUAGACUUAGUUCCAAGACGAAUGAGAAUACGUCCUGGGAAAGUAUUUUUCUCUCUUUGUGUUCUGGAUGAUGAAUCACGAAUAAAUGUCUUUGACUUUGGUACCAUGUUUGAACAUGAGGGCUUUACUAAGCACAUAGUUUCAUUAAAACCGCGAUUAGAUAAUUAUAUGCUGGACCUCCCUAGCGUACCCGUACAGCUCUAUACAAUUGCAAAUAACUCCAACCAGGCCAUAGCGUGCCUUGUCGAUACCGAUACGGGUCAAUAUGAGUUAAUGCUAUUCGACUACCUUUUGAUGAAAGCAAUUUCGGCAUUUAGUUUUUCCAAUAUUAAGUAUUCACAUGCGAUUAUGAAACCAUUGUGGUCAGAAAAUGAUUUUGUUUACUCAUCACUAAGCCCCGCUUACGGUAAUAAGUUUAUUUUGUGUUUGGGAAUUGAUGAUAAACGUACAAAAUUCUGGUUGUUUGAAAUCAAAGGUAACAAGAUUAUCCAGUUAUAUGCGAAUCAUCUUGAUGAUUGUAUAUAUUCGGUUUUUUUUUAUUAUGAAUGCGACACCAUUUUAUUUUCUGGUAAUAAUGGCACAGCAACAUACAAAAUAGACUUACUCAAAGACGGUUCCGAAAUGUUCGAAGCUAAUUCUUUCCCGGCACUCGAGUCAAUUAAUCGUAUAUGGCUUCCAGCAUAUAUGAAUGGCGAUUGUUUGGUUCGAUUUGAAACAUUGAGAGGUCUGGUGAGGACCCACCUUCCAAUUAGAACAUCCAUAGAGUAUCCAUCAGACCUUUCGGAAGAUGCUCACUUGAGAUUUACUGACUUUGGAAGUAUUACACAAGUAGCGACUAAAAAGAUUGUCAAGGGGCCGAUAGAACGUGAUAAUGAUUAUUUUGUAAAUAAAAAGAACUGCUCAGUGGUCCGGUUGUCAAGACUUUCUCGCACUGAGUUGAAGUAUUCAAGUAGAUCGUAUGUUGCCACUGUUGGCGCAGAUAAUACACUGGCAAUAUAUGAAGAUUCUGAUAGAGUAUUAGUCGAUGAAGACGGGUUAGCUGUGCCAUACCUUAAAAUUCGAUUACCUGACAGGGUAAUCUCAUUGACGUCUAUUCCGGAUGGAUUUCACAAUCUUCAGAUAUGUUCAUGUUUCGACAAUGAAAGGUUGGAAGGCAUCAUACCCUUAUUUAUGCUUUGUGGUACGAACGGUCAAAUUUAUAUUGUAUCGGAAAUCGUCGGUGAAUUGUGGAUGAGAAAAUUGCAAAAUCACAAGAGAUUCAGACUGGAAGAGGAAAGAACUGCUUUAGAAUCUGAAACGAAUAUGCAAAAUACCACCAGAGACUGUUCCAUGAGUAUGGAAAUUGGGAUAAAUGAAAGUGGGUUUGAUGAACUUGCUAGAAAUUCGAAGAGAAGGCAUAUUGAUCAUUUAGCAUAUAAUACGAUAGAUUUCUUUGAUCCCGUAAAACUAAAGAGGUGA